AUGAAGUCUUCGCCUAUCGGCUCCCACGUAAAUCAGGUCGUCUUGCAAAUCCCGCAAGAGUUGCGGGUUCCUAUUGCAAAGAAAUUGCGAAGGGCGUAUUUAUCUGACUACCGAUGGCACGCUAAGGCGAGCCCGAGGCCAGACGCCCGGGUUGAGGGUGAAAGAGCCCUCACCGACUUUUUGGUUAGGGAAACCGAGAAGGUUUGCGGAGAACUCGGUGUCACCGGGUUAAACGUUGGCGUCAUGACCAACGAUAUCACCGAUGCGCCACAGAUAGCCAAGUGGUGCCGGAGAAUUGACUUUUCUGCCUCCUUAGGCGAGGAGGUGGACUUCGAUCGGCACUGCCCAGAGGAGGCAGAUGUUCUCCCAAUCGUUUAUGGGGCGACUCCAGAGGGGUCAGAAUUUCGAGCGCCUCUCGAUGCUCUCUUUCAUCAGUGGGUUGAAGAUUCAGUCCGCAUCAAAAUGCAACGGCCGGCGACCACAUCAUUUAACGACAACUCGGGUAACUCCGUCUAUACUUGGAUCGAAGCCACUGAGGAAGCGGAUACUCCGAUCCUCACGCAGGAGGAUACGAAGUUGCCAACAUGCUUCCAGGACGAGUUGCUGGACUAUACCAACAAAAACCAUCUGACCUCUACCUACACCCCAAGCAAACGACGUAAACACUGGCGUUGUAAGCUAUUGGUCACCGGCCAAGAUAAAAAGAACGGCGAGUUUGCCGUCUUUGGUGGGGGCGCGAAUCAAGGUGGCUCAAUGGAGGACGCGGCGAGAAUCAUGUUAAACAGACUACGUCCAGUGUCGGCAUUGAUAACACCAUUGAGCGCCCGCCUAGCCCUGGUUCGGGUGGUGAUGGUUCACAGAGAACUCGGAGAGAUACCGGGCAACAGAAGAAGCGCUUGA